AUGUCUGCAUUGCGCAAAAUAGUUUGGUUUUCAAUGGUGUCUUUAUUUUCCCCAGUUGGAAUUUUGGGGAGAAAUGUUAAACUCACAAAUAUCGCUUGCAGAUCAUUGGACCCACAAGUAGGAGUGUUUAAAAAGUGUUUUUUGAAAGCUGUGCAGCGUGAUGUAACCGAAAUGAACGUUUAUUACAGAGUGGACUCAAAGCCAAUUACCAAUGCCUCGCUAAAAUUAAGCAUUUCUAAGCGUGGUGGAGCCACCCAAAAAGCUCUCUAUCAAUACAAGGUGGAUGCCUGUGAAUUCAUGCGAAAUACCCGACGUAAUCCAUUGGCAGAUAUUUUCUAUACAUUUUUCGAAUUAAGGAAAUAUUCCAACUUGAAUCAUACCUGUCCGUUCAAUCACGACUUGAUUAUAAAUCGUUGCCGUUUGAAUGUUCAACCUUUGAGCAUACUUCCCAUAGCACCGGGGGACUAUAAGAUCUUGACCGUUUGGUAUAAGGAUGAGAAGCCAGCGGCAAAUAUUGAUGUUGUAAUCAAAGUGAAUUAA